GAAAAGAAUGCCUCUGCUACUCCCACUUCCACACGAUCCAAUCCGAGACCGCGACGGUUUCAAGGCACCCGAAAAUCGUGGGAGGAAAACAAAGCCAAAUAUAUCGAAAAUGUAAUUAUUUCAAGUCUUCAGUACUGUAUAUUUGCAUUCUGAACAUAACCUGCACUCGUUUGUUCGAUUAGUUAACCGUUUUCCGGCAUCGGAUUCCGUUUUGAGAGGUUGUUUAUCAGUAGUAGGGGGAACUUGAAACCGCCCUUGUCCCAUUUCCUCGGUUGUUUUGCUUUUUUCGCCUGGAUUCUCCAUGUUGGAGCAAUAGCGAGGUCUUUCACAGUGUCACUAGCAAGUGGAGCUACCGUUCAAUUACUUUUUUUACAUCCUGUUACAUAUAUGUGGCGGAAAAGGUAGCCAGUAUUAAGCAACAAAAACAGCUAGUGAAUACGUUUCGUCCGUUGCAACUUGGAGGAAGCGAAGAAAAACAAUUUGCUUUUUGGAUUAUAGCGAAAGAGAAGACCACAACGGCUUGCCUCAAGCGCGAGAGCUAACAGCUAGCUAGCUGAAUGUUGAAAGUGCCUGUGACUGGGGGGAACGGAUUGGAUUUAGAGGGGCUGCGCAUUUGUUAGAUGGAAAGUUCUAUCAUCACUCAAGUGCAAAAAGAAGAUACUCAGCUACCGUCCAAGACAGGCCAGGUGAGCAAAUCUUCCCCCAAAAAGCCUCGGAGCCGGAAUAUCUUCAAAGCGCUCUUCUGUUGCCUCCGAGCACAGGAUGUCCCCCAGUCUCCUCCCCCUUCCCAGGAUACUUUGCUGCCUCCUGAGGACAAUGGGACAAUCGCCAAGUAUGAUCUGCUCCAAACUCUUCGCUACCAGUAUCACCAAAUCCCAGGGACCUGCUUGCUACCCGAGGUGACCCCUCAGGACCAGGGCAAGAUCUGCGUGGUCAUCGACCUGGACGAGACUCUGGUGCACAGCUCCUUCAAGCCAAUCAGUAAUGCUGAUUUCAUUGUACCUGUGGAGAUUGAGGGGACGACGCACCAGGUCUAUGUUCUGAAGAGACCUCACGUAGAUGAGUUUCUGCAGAGAAUGGGGGAAAUGUUUGAGUGUGUCCUUUUCACUGCCAGUCUAGCCAAGUAUGCAGAUCCGGUAACGGAUCUGCUGGACCAGUGUGGGGUCUUCCGGGCCCGUCUCUUCCGGGAGUCCUGCGUCUUCCACCAGGGCUGUUAUGUUAAGGACCUGAGCCGCCUGGGCCGGGAUCUCAACAGGAUCCUCAUCCUGGACAACUCCCCCGCCUCUUACAUCUUCCACCCCGAGAAUGCUGUGCCUGUGGUGUCCUGGUUUGACGACCUAGAGGACACAGAACUGCUGAACCUGCUGCCCGCGUUUGAGGAGCUGAGUGAUGCGGACGAUGUCUACGCCAAACUAAAGCAGCUGCGUGAACCCUGAUCAAACACUCGCACCUGUGCACCCGACCCGUCUGAAUGAUGCCUGCCCACACACUCCUGCGCCCACACACACAUUAGUUUGCACACACACACAAAAAAAAAAACAUGUAUGCAUAGAGGCAACACUAAGGAUACACAAAGCCAAACACAGACAGACACAUCAGUAUACACACAUACACUGAGGGCACAUAUAAACACAUACACACACACACACACACACACUUGCGCAAACACAGAAAAUCUCCCCCAAAGACUGCCCAUGCUGUGCCUGGUGCUUUCAGUUCCAGAAGCGGUAACAAUCGGACAGGUUGUCACUAAUAAAGAGCACUGCAGCCCCUCCCCCACACAGUCACACACACACACGCUUGCGUACAUGCACACAUUUAAAUACAUACACACACACACACUCCUACUUGGAGGAAGCAACCCCUCUAUCCCUUAUCCUCCCCUCCUCCAAAUGAACCUUAUAUUCAUAUAGCACUAAUCCACAACACCACGACACUUCUUUCCCCUGAACGUGACUGGUGACUCUCUCUUACUGUAUGAACGUUACCCAUGCCAAAUCUCUCCCACAGACCUUCACUCUGCAACUCUCCAAUAGGAACGCACAGUCCCUAAUAACCCAGUACCCUCAUCGAUGUAUGCCAACUGGCACCGAGCAACAUUGUUUAAAGACUUCCUGUUAGAAAAGCAAAAUACUGCUCUAGUUUCCCUUGGGAAAUCUUAUCUUCAGGAAACGCCCUCAAUGCUGAACCACGGGCGCCCGAGACCCAAGCAACUUGACCGAGCACGACACUCAACGAAAAAGACACAGUGACCUACGACCAGACCUUUAUUCGGGAGCUUGGAGUCUCCAUCAUCGUGCCUUUUUUUUUUUAGGAAAAAAAGCAAAGAGGACAAAUUUUAAAGGAAAGAAGAAAAAAAAGCUUUGUUCCUAAAAGAGAUGGUUGUUCUUUUUCAAUAGUUAGUUUUUUUCUAUAUACGUUUUCUAAAUGUCUUUUGAUGUUCUCUAUGUUAAAAAAAAUAUAGAUAUUUUUUGUAUUUUUUUUCUGAUGUUGAGGAAGAACAGCCAUACAAUUUGAUAGCCUCUCUUCCUGGUUGUAUCUGUCUAAAAAAAAGAAAACCUCAGUGUUUUUUGCCAGUGGUGACAUCAUCCUCAGCCAAUAGGGACCAUCGCAAUCAGUUCCUUUUCUAAGACCACUCUCUCAGUGUGUUCUGGUAGUUUUAUACCUUUCACUUUGCCUAGAUAUGCAAAUCUACCUGUCACACCUUUUCAAUUCAGUCUUUCUCAAGCUUUUUUUGGCCUUUAUCCAAUUCACCUAUUCGUAGGCCUUAAUUAUUUUGAGAUCCUACUGGGAAUUAGACUUAAAUUUGCCAUUGACGCAUUGCAACCACAGUAUUCAAGUAUGUAUCUUAGAUGGCUGUUCUGAGCAAUCUGAUUUUAUUUUAGGGUUGGGUGUAGAUGGUUGUUAAAACUUAGUGCUAUGCAUAUGGGUGUAAUUCUGCCACCCAAACCCCGCUAAACCAAACGUGGAUCUUUAUCAUUACUUUCUACCAAGUCAGCAUUUAACUGUAAAGUAUUGCUUAUUUGAAAAAAAGAAGAAAAAAAAAGCAAACUUUAAGAAUAGAAUUACAAAUUGUAGUAGGGCAGGAAAAUUAAUUUGCGUAACAGCAUAUUAAAGCAAAGGACCUGUUUGUUUCUCCGUUCGGAGAAGGUGCCUGGUUGGUUUUGGUGGAUGUGAGAACAUCCGAGCUUGAAAGUAUGUUCAGCCCAGGCAAGCCCCAUCUGCUGCAUUUCUCUUGUCAUUGUUGUGUUGUUCUUUCUCUUGCAUUCUUGUUUUUUUUUUUUGUUUGUUUUGUUUUGUUUGCCAAAAGCCUCAAUAUUGUUCUUAAUACCCAAAUGAAGUGCCUUGACUGUGCACAAUUGGACUCUUUCUCCACUCCUAAAUCUUUUGUUUUCUUUUACCAUCAGAUUUAGUGUAUUUUUGUGGACUUGUACGCUGCAUAUUCAAGCAAAUGAAUCGCUCCAUAAAAUAAUUCUUUCCAAAGUGAUAAACCCAUGGCUUUCUUUUCUCUUUUGUUUUGGUCUUUGAUUGGAUGUCGUUGCAUUCAUUGUUUUAUCAUUCUUUCUUGCUUUCCCCCUUUUGUCUUUUCUGUUAUUCUUUCUUUCUAGCUUUCUAUUUCAUUCUUCAUCUAGCUUUUUGUGUAUAUUCCUGAGGAUAAAAUAUCCACUUGCCUAAUUCAUGGGUCAUUUAGAUUCUUCAUCUCUUUGUCCUUAAGUGUAUGCUGGAGCAUCUUGAAUUGAUAAACUAAAGCUUUUGGAGAUACAAAUCUGCCAAAGCCAUUUUCCAGACUAAUCUAUAGAGGCAUCGGACACCGCACAAUGAUCGAGUUUUGCCUUGAUUUUAUUAGCUUUGGAGCGAAAAUUAUAUCUGCCACUUGAUAUGACUCCUGAAUUACUAGCCACAGGCUCUGCAUUCAAAUUGGCCUUGGAUACCAAAUGAAACCCAAAUGAGCCCACUUCGAGGGCAUCCACAAAUUAAGACAGGUUUACUGUAUGAUUGACAAUUAAGUCAGGGUGAGAUGGGGGGAGUAAGAAAAGUUGUUGUUGUUGAUACUCAGUUUUAAUGGAACAGGGUUAGGAGUCCCUUGGGUAUUGUAGUGUUCUGACCCAUCACAACUGAGCGGUAACAAAAAAGCGUUCACAACUAUAUCUUGUGGUGGUAGCACAACAGAACUUUAGGGGAAACAACCCAGAUAUGGAAAUGAUACAAGAAGCUGGUUUUUACUGUAUGUGCAAUUAUGAAAAAAAAAAAAACGAAUGUCGGUUGGUGUGUCUUGUCUUUCAGGGCUGGUUGACGCUUACACACACAGGUUUGUUUUCUUACAUGUGUUCUUGUUGUAUUACUUGUUAUUGUAUGUCAGGACUAUAAAGAAAGCAGGGGAUGUGUCUGAGCUUUUAAACUGUCUAGUGUCAGAUUCAACCACGUAUCUCUGACUCAUUGGAGCCUGUGACAUUUGUUAAGUUCUGGUACUCCUUUUAGAAUUUUACAUAAGUUUUGGAAAAUCACAUCUGCACUGAGUCCUUUGCAGUAACUAACCCACCACUGCUAUCAAGGGUGCUUUUUGUCACCAACUUUGACCUCCUCUUGUGGUAGCAUUAACUCGACACAUAGCUAGAACAAUCUUACAAAUUCAUGGGGCAGCUCUCAGCCUAAGCUGGUACUGCGUUGUGUUGCAUUGCAUUUUGCAAACUGCAACCCGGUAUUAAGGACCAGUCACUAGUUAAUUAACAGCAGAUGCUGAUGUCAUGAGUUCUGAGGGCAUUUAUGCCGUUUUCUUCUGCCUGGUGUUCAGAAAGACUUGGUUAACUGAUUAAAUACCAGCAAGCUGGCCUUGCCCUCCAGCACGCUUUCUGAGGUAUUCUGGGGUGCUGCCUUUAGUUUUCCACCUACCACGGAACCAGGUGAAACACCCGUCUCUCGGGUUCAGUUUCUGGCGACUUCAGAAUUUACGUUUUCCUCGUCGCUGCCAAGUGGACCAAUAAAAAAAAGUGUCUCGAGGGAUAUUGAUGGGCAUUUUGUUUCUUGCAAGAGAGGUUUUCCAUAAGUUUCCCGUGACUCCCUUCCCAUGGUUUAUAUUUGUGACAUGUAAACGUUCUGCAAAUCUACUUCAGUGUUGAAGCUUGUGGACAUGAGUGUUUAUCUGAUGAAUGAAAUCCAGGACCUACAGAUGUUCUCCUGUGCCUGGUCAGAGGAAGCCUUAGUUUAGAGGGGGAAAAAAAAUAAUUUGUCAUGAGUCUGUCAAGGUUUUUUUUUUUUAUAUAAAUAUUUGAUCAAGGUAUGCACCAUGAACAAUAAUGCCAAUAAUAGCUAUGCAGAAGGAAAGAGUACAUUACUUUACAAAAAAGAAAAGAAAAUCAUUCAUUAAUCUCUUCUCUUUUUCAGUUCAAAAUUUUGUUUUGCAAAUAUACUAUUUUUAAAAACUUGAAGAUGAGUACACAAGAUUUCAACAUAUUUCUUUUUUUAAUUUUUGUUUCCUUUUUCGUUUGUUCGACUAGAAACUCUGAAAAUUGAAAAUAAAAACAUUGAUUAUCUGUU